AUGGCCAGUGUUGAAUCAGGUAUACGCGAUUUCGAUAUGGAAAUGGCCGCUCCUAUGGUCCAUAAUGAGUGUGUCGCCAAAUGUGGGGUUCAAGACCUCGCCAAUGGAACACCACAGUACUUCGAAGACGCAGUGUAUACACUCGUUGACGAGGUCUGGGCUGCGUUGGUGCUGAGGAAAGGUGCUAGUACACUGCACCCUCAUGGCUACAAGCACUUGACAAGAAAUCAAUUGACUUCCAGUUCUCUCGAUAUCCCCUCAUACAGUUGCCCUCCGCCAUCCUACGAAGAUGCUGUUUGUGACCUACCGCCAGAGUAUGAGUCGCUUCCUGCACUUGCGCAGCGGAAGAUAGUUGUCUUUGGCGAUGCGCCUGUGCCACCUGCGACGAAGACUUGUGACCGAUCUCCUACCUUAUUCAAGGACCGCUCGCUCGAUAUCUAUAUUGAUUUUGAGAGCCCGGUUGGAGUUCGAGAGCACAAGAAGAAAAAGGCGGGUGGUAAUAAUAAAAAAGCAACUCCGGCUCCGGCGCAUACUAGUGGUGGUGGAUCAGAUAACGCAGGUGACGAUCCACCGCCGCCUGAUGAGGAUGGUGGAGACGCUGGUGCUGGAGAUGGAGGUGGGGAUGGUGGCGGUGAUGGUGGCGGUGAUGGAAACGGAGACGAUUGGAACGAUUGGACUACUAGCGGAAGCAAAAAAAACAAGAAGAAGAAAGAGGAGGAGGAGGAAGAGCGUCUUGCCAAGGAGGAAGAAGAACGCGCAGCUGCUGAAGCGUCUGCUUCGAAAAAUCUCAGCUGGGCUGACGAUGUUGAUGAAGGCGGAGGUGACUCGUGGGCUGGCUUUGCGACAGACGAGGCACCACCCGGGGGAUUUCAGGAUAUAAACUUGGGAGAAAGCGCUCCGCAGCUGGAUUUGAAUUUCGACAGUGGUCCUAAAACCGGUCCUGGCUUUAACUUUGGUGGAUGGGGUAAAGACUGGUCUACAGGCGGUCUCGGAGGUAUGGGCGAGUCUAUAAAGGCAUCCAAAGACACUCGACUUUGGACGACCUCUAACAUUAAGAAACCACCUACUAAUGAAUUUACCUUUGGUGAUUUAGGAGCUCAACCUGUUGAAACCAAGCCUGACAGUGGUUGGGGCAGUUUUGGUGCUAUUGGAAAGAAGGGUAAGAAGAAUCUCGAUGAGCCGGAACCAGCGGACAGUAAGGAUGACGACUGGAACGUUUGGGGAACCGCAACCAAGAAGAAGAAAAAGAAAGACCCCGAACCUGAACCCGAACUAGAACCCGAACCUGAACCCGAGCCGGAGGCUGAGGCUGAGGCUGGACCCGAAGCCGAAGCCGAACCAGAAUCUGAACCUGAGCCCGAACCAAUCCCGGAUAUCACCCAAGAGACUUGGUACCUAGGCCUUUCUAAGAAGGAACAACGUAAGGCCAAGAAAGAAUGGGAAAAAAAGGUAAAGGACGCGGAAGCUGAAGCUAAGAUAAGAGCAGAAGCAAAAGCCCAGAAAGCGGAGGAAAAAAGGCUCGCAAAGGAAGAGGAGGAGGCUCAGAAAGCCAGUGAGGUCGUUCCUGAAGAUGACAUGGGCUGGGAAGUUCCAAACAAAUCCAAGGACAAGAAGAAUAUUGAUCUCUUGGCUGAUCCAGAGCCCAUUCCAGAACCACCACAGCAGGAGGAGGAUACAUGGGGCAGCUGGGGUACUGCAGGCAAGAAGAAGAAAUCCAAGGAACCAGAGCCCAUCAUCGAGGUUCCCCCACCAGAGCCCGUCAAAUCCAAAGAUGAGGAUGACUGGGCUGGCUGGGGCAUCGCCACUAAACCAAAGAAGAAGAAAAAGGGAAAAGUCGAGCCAGAACCAGAACCAGAACCAGAACCAGAGCCAGAACCAGAGCCAGAGCCAGAGCCAGAACCAGAACCAGAACCUGAGCCUGAGCCUGAGCCUGAACCCGAGCCUGAACCCGAUCCAGAGCCCGAACCUACACCACCCACCAUACCAGAUGAUCCUCUAUACGAUAAUUGGAAUAAUGUAUCUUCCAAGGAACGCAAGAAACGAGAAAAAGCCUUGAUACGGAAGGGACUUCCAAUUCCUGGGAAAGAUUUCGAAUUUCCGCCUGAUAAGCCGCCAGAGCCAGAGCCAGAGCCAGAGCCAGAGCCAGAACCAGAACCAGAACCAGAACCGGAACCAGAACCAGAACCAGAACCAGAACUGGAGAAGUCAACCGAAGUUGAUACAUGGGGAGCUUGGGGCACUACCAAGGACAAAAAGAAGAAAAAGAAGGGCAUGGAUAUUGAACCACCACCACCUGCUCCUACUCCCCCUGCUCAAGGUCUGACUCCGGAGCCGGACGACAUCUGGGCUGACUUUGCUCCGAAGACUUCCAAAAGCACGAAGAAGACCAAGGCCAUCGAGUCCCCAAAGGAAGAAAAGCCGGCAGCUAAAGGCUUCUGGGCUUCUCUCACUGGUGCAUCAACUCCUAAACCCAAAUCAACCAAGAAGAUAGAAGAGAAGAAGGAAGAGCCUCCAGAGGAGGAUCUUUUACUUGAUAUUGGCGAUGACACUAAAGAACCAGAACCGCAGCCUGAGCCUGAACCUGAGCCCGAGCCCGAACCUGAACCCGAACCCGAACCCGAACAGGAGCCAGAACCAAAGCCCGUUGAGAAAUCCAAGGCCAAGAAGCUGUCUGUUGCCGAGCGUAUCAAAGAACUUGAACAGAGCAAGAAGAAGCUCAAAGAAGAGAAGUCGAAGUCGAAGUCGAAGUCGAAGAAGGUCCAGCCUGACCCGGAACCGGAAGUCAUCCCUGAGCCCGAGCCUGAGCCCAUAUUAGAGGAACCCAAAAGGAGCUCCAGGUCCUCUGUUCCAGGCAGUUUCCCUGAUGAAGAGCCGCCAGCUGAUCCGGAGCCGGAACCUGAACCUGAACCUGAACCUGAACCUGGACCUGAGCCUGAGCAUGAACCUGAACCUGAACCUGAACCUGAACCUGAGCCUGAGCCUGUACCUGAACCUGAACCCGAGCCUGCGCCUGAGCCGGUAAAAAUAAUGACCAAAAAGGAGCUUAAAAAGGCAGCUAAGAAGGCCGCGGCCGCGGCCGCAGCUGCAGCUGCAAUCUCCAAGGAACCAACUCCGCCUCCACCCCCACCUGCGGAGGAGCCGCCAGUCGCAGAGCCUCAAGAGGCUGAUCCAGCCGAGGCAGGCGACUCAGCUGACGCAGCUGACAACGCUGACGACGGUACUCCUCCCACCGCCUCAUUAGAGAAAGUCGAAGAAGAGCCCCCAAAAUCUGCGAAAAAAGACCGUCCACGUGUGGAACGUACUGCUACCAGCGGAGGCUGGGGAUUCUGGGGAGCAGCGCCGCCCCCAAAGAGGUCCAGUAAGAAGGAUUCAAGUAAAGAGAAUCCCCCUGAGGAGCCGAACCGACUCAAGAAAAAAGAAGUUACUCGGGAACGAUCACCUCCAGCAAUUAAACGCUCGAAAUCAACCAAAUCUCGUCCCAAGGAGAAGGAGUCCGAUCAUGAAGAUAGAUCAACAUCUGACCGAGAAAAGCGACGCCAAAGACCAAAGCCGCAACGUGCCACCACUUUUUCCAAUUUCAUUCUCGGAGCUGCUGCACCUCCAACUUCACGAAGUAAAUCAACGCACAGACCGUCGGGAAAAUCGACAUCAAGACCAGUAUCAAGGCGGGCGUCAUUUGAAAUGGACAAUGCCAUGCCAUCUCCCGACGAUAAGCACGAUAUGCCCGAUAAGGUACGCCUGAUGGGCGCAUCCAAGUCCAAGCGUGAGCGUGAGCGACCGCGGCUCGAGAGGGUCUGCGCCUUCCAGGCGCAAGUCAAAGCGCGAGGUGAGAGAUAUUUUGAAACUUUCAUUUCGCCGAUUACUGAUUUAUUUCUCCCGAUACAGACGCGCUCCAGGUAUGACGAUGAUGCGGUUAUGGUCGAGGCAGACCAAGCCCGUGGUGGCCCAGAUGUGUUAUCGGGUCCCGAUGACCUCGCCUUCGUCGACGCACCUCCUAAAGACCUCAGAGAGCGUCGCCUCAAGCGUUCCAAUACAGCUCCCCCGAAAAAACAAGAGUCUGGCGGCUUCAUGGGCCUUUUCGGCUCUCUAAAGAAGAACUCGCGCCCUGAAAUGCCAGAGCGACGGAAAUCCCGAUCGUACCGCGAUGACGAAGCAAGAGGCUUUACUGAGCCUGAACGCGAAGACCCUCGCCGGGUACGACGUGACGAUCGCCGUCGCAAAACCGUCAGACCGGAUACGGACGGUGAAGGAGUUAUGGCGGAUGCAGCUGAGACAGAAGUCGAAGACCCCGAAGCUAGAAGAGCUCGUCGAGCAAAACGCUCAUCUCGCCAGGCUCCCUCCGAGACUCGCGAUAUGGAACGGGAAGCUGAAGAGCGCCGUGCCAGACGCAAAGAGAAAGAGCGUCUGCGUGAGGCCCGUGAGCAGCAAGCUCGCGAGCAAGAACAGCAGCGUCUUUACGACGAAAAGCUAGCCCGCCGCGCCGCCCGCGAAGAACGACGAGCACGAGAAGAGCAAGCUGAACGUGAAACCCAAGCCGCCGCCGAAGCCAAAGCCGUCGAACGCCGCGAGCGCCGACGCCUACGAGACGAAGAGAUGGCAGCAAAGGCCAAACGCCGCCGUUCACGAAUCGAAGAACCGUAUACGGAAACAGUCUCGGCCGAAGUAGCAGAAGAUCGCCGACGCGGAACUCGUGGAGUAGACGACAUCAAAUCCCGUCGUAAAUCCCAAGCUCCCCAGGAAAGUAGGCGGGCCUCACGGCCGACCGGAGGCCUUAAUCACGGUGACCAUGGUGGAAGUAAGAAGGAGAAGAUCUCCUCCUGGGUUUACUCACAGGCUGAUGAGCCUCCAGAGCCUCCGCCGAUCAUGCCAACCGUUAUCGAUGUCCCGCUAGAUCAUGCCGAAGCGAACGAUCACUCUCUGUCCUCGGACGAGGAGACUCGCCGCGCUCUCCGUCGCAAAGCGCGCCAUCGGGCGAAAUACGGCGAUAUGACGGAAGAUGAGAUCGAGGACCUCCGUGCUCGCCGCCGUGAAGGACGUGUCAAGAGUAGCUCUGGAAGCGGUGACUAUGAGCGUGAUCGCGGCAUGAGAUCUCAUGGAAGUCGUGGGGCUCCUCCGAGCUCUGGAGCUAAGAAAUCUUCAAGCUGGUUCCGGAAACUAACUGGUAACUAA